CGAGCGCAGCGCGUGGUUCGGCGGGGACUUGGGCUGCAACUCGCGCGGCAUGUCCCGCGACUGUGGGGACACGCGUGAGGACGCGAGGAGGCAGGAUGGUGCUGCUGCUGCCGCUGGCUCGUUCAGGUUCAGCCCGGAGCCCACGCUCGAGGACAUCCGACGCCUCCAUGCAGAAUUUGCUGCUGAACGGGACUGGGAACAGUUCCACCAGCCGCGGAAUCUCCUCCUGGCCUUGGUGGGGGAAGUAGGAGAGCUGGCCGAACUCUUUCAGUGGAAAUCAGAUGUGGAUCCCGGUCCCCAAGCGUGGCCCCUGAAGGAACGGGCAGCCCUUCAAGAGGAGCUUAGUGAUGUCCUCAUCUACUUGGUGGCAUUAGCAGCUCGCUGCCAUGUGGAUCUGCCCCAAGCAGUGCUCUCCAAAAUGGAUACCAACCGGCAACGUUACCCCGUCCAUCUGUCCCGCGGCUCUGCUCGGAAGUACACAGACUUGCCCCGGGGGGCCAUCGCUGAAGAGCAGGCUUUGGGACCUGCAGACAUUGAGCCCACAGGCCAGGGCUCAGCCCAGAACUUGGGACCACCACCUGCAGCGCAGCACGGCACCUGAAGACCAGGGCUCGGCUGUGCUAUGGAACUUGUGUAACUCUUUCCUAGCAGGUCACGCCGGGCCUGAGGGCCCCACUUCCUGCUGUUGGAGGCCUGAGAGCCUCCAGAAGAUAGUUGCUCCCCCAAUAAAACAGUGAUGGACAGCAGCUCUGGAUUCUUCGGGGGACCACAGGUAUGGCAGCAGGUGCUGCAAAGGGGUCCUCAUACUUAGCUACUAGACUCCCUACCUGCAGGGAGAGAGCCAGUGCCAAGUUCCCGAUGGGAGCUCGUCGAAAUCCCUUACCCUUCUGCACCUAGGAAGGAGAUUAGAGGUUGUCAGAGUCCAGACUGGGUGUCCCA